ACCAGAGCAGGUUUUACAGGCUACACCGGAUCUGAUCUUUGUUAAGUUUAAACUUGGGAUAUAUAUUUUUCUGCUAUAUAAUAUAUAGACAUAGUAGCUGCGUUAAUAUACAGAACUAUUUCUGUGUAACCGCGUAGAUAAUUUCCAGUUAAAACUGUUAAACUUGGAUACUUUUCGGUUACUUACAGGCAUCGAGCGAUACGAGGAUUCGGCGUCAUGUCACAAUUGGGAUAGGCUCCGGGCCACUGUGACCCUGACUUGGAGAAGUGGAUUCUGGUCCAGCGAGAACAAGAACUGCAGUAAAUUGUAUGUGCAGUAGGUGGAACUAAAAUCCAAAAGGUUGAAGAAUGAACUUUUACAACUGAUCGUGGUUGCAAAAGGAUAAAAACGGCUUUGUAUAAGAUAUUAUUAAAUUUACUUGCAUUUAUGGCCACUUCUCAAACACUUGAAAUUUUUCCCUCAAUGGAUUUGGAUAUGAUGUUCUACCAAGCGAUAUGUGCAGUGUUUCUUAUGAUUUUAAAAUCUACCUUAUGUUCUCCAUGUGAUCGGGCUGAAUAUGAAACAAAUGGAGAAUGUUGCCCCAUGUGUUCACCUGGCACUCGGGUUUACAGACACUGUACAGAGUUCACCAGUACUUCAUGUGUGCCAUGUAUUGGAGCCACUUUCACCAACAGACCAAAUGGUCUGAGUUACUGCUUUCCCUGUGCAGUGUGUGACCAAGGUCUUGGUUUAAAGACAAUGACGGAGUGUACAGCCUCUUCAGACACGGUGUGUGGAGUCCUGGAAGGGAACUAUUGUACUGAUCCUUAUGAGGGAGGAUGUAGAGCAGCACGGAAACACACAACCUGCAAACCUGGAGACUUCAUCAAACACCCUGGAACAGACUCUACUGAUACUGAGUGUGAGAUCUGCCCUGAAAACUCUUUCUCAUCUGGGUCUUCUACCUCCUGUACACCACACACAGACUGUGAAUCCAAAGGACUUCCCACAGUGAAACCAGGAGACAGUGUGUCUGAUUCUCAGUGUGGAGAGAAGAAUUGGGCUCCUCUGAUAGUUUGGAUUGUAGUUGGAAUAAUUGUAGUGUUAUUUCUAGUUGGAGGAGUAACACUGUACAAAUCAGGGUUCUGUUCAAAGAAAAACAACCUCAGUAAACCAGGGCCCUUACAACAAGAUCAGGAAUGCCAACUGCAGCAAUCAGAAGAAAGUGAAGUUGUUCAUAAACAAGAUGACAGUCCAUCACAGGACAGUGACACACGCACAAAGUGCAAUUAAGUGUCACCAAUCUACCCGAAGCAUGUUUUCGGACUGUGGGAGGAAACCUGAGCACCUGCAGGAAACCCACACAAACAUGGGGAGAACAUGCAAACUCCAAGAGUGAACUAAGCAAACCUACAUCACGUUGUUCAGUCCAGGUGCUGGAAGUUGUACCUGCUGACACUCUCUUCUGAAGUAUUAUUUUGUGAAAUGUUUUUCUGGAGUUUUUAUAAAUUGCUUCACAUAGAGUUUUUUAAGAAUUUUGCAACAUAUGAAUCAUGGAACACAAUACUGUAGACAAAUGGAAUUAGAGAAAUGGGAUUAAUUCCAGUUACAUAAUUAUGGAUGACACAUGUAUGGAGAUUAACGGUUUCAAGUUAGAAAAUGCCAAUUAGAAGUUCUUCAGAAUCUUUGAAAAGCAUAAUUAAUGGAAAUACCAUGACUUAUGACCGAACUAGUCACGUGACAUCAUCUUGGGACAAAGUUUAACACCAUCUGUAGCACAGUCACUGGCACAUGCAGUUUUAUACUCUACAAAUCACCUGAAAUGCAUGUCUUUGGGCAGAAACCAACAUGAAUGUAGAGAGAACAUGCAAAGUGAACAGGUUGAGCUGGACUGAUACCCCCAUCCAAAUGUAGAGGUGAGGCAGUAAUGCCCUUUUUUUUAAAAAAAUUAGGACAACUCGUGGUCUCAUAGAUUGAGUUAUGUCUGAAGGAUCUAGGCUCAGAUCCCUGUGUCUGCCAUUAUCCUGAACUGUUACAGUAAAAAAACUACCCGGAAUUAAUGGUAUAUCAGUGUAAAAAGAUGUAGAGAAAAACAGGAGUGAGUCCUCAUUGACUAGUUUCACCUGUUAUACCUCUGUGAUCAUGUCCCCAUUUUGACUGUCCAAAACAUGUCAAGUUGU